AAAACAUACACCUCAAAUGGAAUCUCGGUACGUAAAAUAAUCGACGCGUGAAUCAAUGUAUAACGCGUCUCUUUGGAUUUCUGAGGAUUAUCAGGCGAUAUCCUACGAGAAUCAUAAUGUCCCCACAACCUCCGACAUGAGCCCGACGGCCACCACAACCACAUCUCCGCCUACCCGCCUCCAGAUCCAGCAGAUUGCGGCUGUAUCACCAGUAACUGGACGACCGUUGUUAACCAGUCCGUUUAGCUCGGGCCUCAAUCUCGGGACCGGUGCCUCGGAGGCUUUACCGAACGCCGACAACUCCUCAGAACUCCCACCAGCGAAGCGGAUACGCCUGGGUCCGCCAACCUCCCACCAAAAACUUGUAGAUUGUCUACAAAGGCAGGUUUUCCCACACAUCGAUGCGCAGAUCGCAACCCUCCCCAAGGAGAGGGUGAACACUUUGGCAAUUGGGAAGCAAGUUGUCGCCCUCUUGACCGGGCAAGAAUUCUCCCGGGAAUACAACAGCCGUGGUGAUGGAACCAUAAGCCUGAAGUUCGAGGCCAAGUUGGCGGAUCUUGCCGCCUUGCAUGUUCAAUCGCUUGCCCGUCGCCUUGGUCACCAACUGGUUCCUCCCAACCUAUCGACGGCACCAUCUCCAUCCCCAUCGCCAGCACCUCAACGGGUCGAGACACCGGUCCCAAUCCCCGAUCCUCAAUUCCGUGUCUAUCAGCCAAACCCGGUCCGUCCCAUCUCAGUACCCUCACCGACGCCAAGGUUUUCGUUUUCGCCGAUUCCUGUUCCUGCCCUCCCGAGCAAUACACCACAAAAUGGCUAUACCAAGCCAAACGGGGCUGGCGAGGUGUUGUUGCCGGCCAGCGUAGCCGCGUCAUCAAGUGCUUUGGGAACUCCGCCUGAGGUGAUUGCUCUAGAUGACGAUCCCGAGAUUCUUCGGCAACGGCCGGUGUCUAUUGGGACGACGCCUGCAGCUAUAGAGCCUUUCGAAUCUCGUACGCCGCCUUCGGCUAGGGAAACACCAGGGUACACUUCGCCCAAGCCUGCCGCGCCUCCGUUGCUCGCUAUUCGGUGGUCGCCGAACGCAACCCGAGCACCCGCCCCCGCUCCGACCCCGGCACCAGCUCCCUCCAUACCUUUAGCAGUUCCUCUCCCAUCUGUCGUUCCUCCAGCUCGGCCAUCGCAACCAAUUAUCUCGCGGCGACAUCAAAGCACGCCGCAAGAUUGGAGGACCGAGGCCCAUACCCUCGUCUGGCGAGGAAAGGAUUGUGUUACGGGUCAAGACGCAUCUAACCUAGGGGCAAGGUGGGCCUCUGGACGGCGACGGCCCUAUCUUACAGCGUCACAGAGAACGUUGAUGGUCCAGGGGGCUCAAGGCGCCGUUGAGCUUGACCCGACUAGUCUUGUCGACCCCGUCACGUUUCACGUCGAUUUUUCGACCGAGGAGAUCAAGCACCUCCGAAGCCUCAGCCGGCGCACCCUCAAACUAUCGCAGACGAAAGAAACCAAGGACCCAAAAAAGGACCUCUGGAAGGUUCUCCGCAAAAAUCCCCAGUUUGUCCCACGGGUCCUGGAUACAUUCGAACGGGAGGGCCGGCUUCCCGGGCGGACAAGGGAGGACGUCAGGAAUCUAGUUCAGGACUUAUACUAUCGGAAGUCAAGCUCUGAGCCGGUUAUACUCACUAUCGGGAGAGACGACCGCGACCAGCGAGGCGAGCUUGUCCGCUCAAGCCGGGUACCUUCCCUCCUCCUGGCAAGAGAAAUAUCAGGGCAGCGAUUAGGGGCAACAAGGUGUCUACGGAACUUUCACAAUGAGUUUCGAACAUGCCGGGAGGACGAGUUAGAAAAGAAAGCGGAAUGGACGGGCUGUGCGGGGGACAUAUUCACCAUCACUUGGGUGUCCAACGACGGGUUUUUGUGCGGCACCACGGAGCACUCGGACGCCCACAAUCAGCAAUACAACAAGCCCGGGAACCUGGUACUCGGGUCUUGCCCUAAUGUAGCGCUCCGCGCCUACCCAGAGCAUCGCAUCGUCCGGCCGGUUGUCGAGAAAGGGGAGAACUCGACCGAAGCUAUGCGACAGAGCCAAGAUCCAUGGCUUUACUCAUCUGUGGUAUCCUCUGACUACGACGAGGCCCACGACCGCGCAUUCACCUGCUCAUUCGACCGAACGGUCAAAAUUUGGAAGGUAGAGAAGUCGGGAUCGUCGAUGAGUCUCUUGGGUGAGUGGAAGCACGACGGCAACGUGAACUUCGUUACCGCUUCCAAACAUGAGUCCGGUAUGGUCGCUACGGCAGCCGAUGUUGCGGCUGACGCGAUCCGUAUCUACAACUCUAACGCCACCGACAUCUCGAGGUCCCCUUUUCGGCCUCACUCAUGCUCUCGCGUUACGGACGAGAGAGGAAAUAUCGUGUCUACCGAAAAGUGGGCGUAUUACCCUGCUACCAUGCAGUGGGGUCUCGCACCCAACGUCAGACACCUUCUGUUGGUUGGUUACUCGCCCCGAAGCCGGACGGGGGAUGAUAACGAUAUCCCUGAGCUUCGCCGGGAUUCGGGGGAACUGUGUCUUUGGGAUGGGAUUACCGGCGAGAGGUGGCGAGUCACGUCUGCUACGACCCAGAACGUGUUUGAAGUCCUGUGGCAUCCAACCCAGGACUCCUUCAUCGCUGCCACGUCGCCGCAAGGCCUUGAUCUGGAGCCUAGUGUGCGUACACAGAUCAGGAUUUUCCGGCCGGCCGAUAAAGACGAAUUUGGCGUCAAGGCGUACAGCCCGAUCAAGACGCUCGAUUGCACAGCAAUCGACAUCAACGAGCUAACAAUCAUGCCAAACAGCUUCUCCUUCUGUUAUGUCACAGCCGGCUGUACGGAUGGCAAUACGUACGUGUGGGACACAGCUCGAGGCGACAAACCCAUCCACGUCCUUCGACACGGCCAGCCGAUCGACGAAUGCCGAGGUGAUCGGGAACGAGAAGACGUGGGGGUAAAGUUUUGCGCGUGGGGCACCACCCCCGAUCGAUUCUACACCGGUUCCUCAGAUGGUGUGGUAAAAGUCUGGAACGUCCGCUCUUUAGACAAACCGCUCGUUCGAAACCUGCUGCAAGCCCCGGCACCUAUCACAGCGGGCAUGUUUUGUCCGGACAAGUCGCGCCUCGUAGUUGGGGACGCUAGUGGCCGUGUUUUCAUGUGCUCUAUAGACGAAGAGAAGGCACAAUCGAUGACAUCGAUAAAAGUGCCAUUGCCAGGCGCAAGGGGCUUCAGGACCAUCCUGCGCCCGCCAACCAUAACCCCCCACCCGGACCCUCCAGCGCCAACUCUUGAUGCUGAGGGACGCCUCAUUGCGUCGGAAUCAGGGCCUACAAUAGGGCGGGGCUACCUUGACAACCUAUAUCUCGAACGACAUUUCAACCCUACAAUCGGUGUUGUACAAGGCCCACGAUAUGCCGAGACAGGCCUAUUCCGGCGGGAGAUGCAUCUUAAUGAAGAUCCGAACCAACCACUCCUUGCACAGUGGGAGGCUAUGCAGCAAGAGGGGCGGAAUGUGAUUAGGCCACCAAGGGAGGUGGAUAAUCUUGAAGCUAGGCAUAGAACAAACAACGGCUUGGAUUUCAGUGUUGAGGCAUUGACUGAGGAGACAAGGAUUAGUCUCGAUAGAGAUGGGGUUGACUUGAAGUUAGGAGAUGACUAUCUUCUCAAAGAGGAAGAGUAAUUUACUAUUUGAAGGGACGGGCUGUUAUCGUACUGUACAUUGUAAACAACCACCGAAGGAGAUCAGUUCGAAUAUACAUUAAUUAUCUCGAA